AUUUUCCCUGCCUGGUUUCUGGUUCUUGUGUCGUACACGUCCUGGAGAGUGGGCAGUCUGUGGGGGUGUCAGUGGGGGUGUCUGUUUUUGUCCGGUUUUGUUGCUGCACCAAACCAGAUGGUGAUGGAUGUGCACAGGACAGAUUCUAUGACUGCAGUGUAGAACAGCAUCAACAGCUCCUUUGGCAGACCAAACUUCCUUAAUUGAUGUAGAAUGUACAUCCUCUGCUGGGCCUUUUUGAUGAUAGAGUUUAUGUUGCACUCCCAUUUCAGGUCUUGGGAAAUGAUAGUGCCCAGAAACUUGAAGGCCUUCACAGAUGACACUGGGCUGUUGGAUAUUGUGAGGGGAAGUAGUGUUGAGGGGUCUUUCUUAAAGUCCACCAUCAUUUACACAGUUUUGAGGGUGUUUAGCUCCAGACUGUUCUGACUGCACCAUAGCUCCAGCCGCUUUACCUCCUGUCUGUACGCAGAUUCAUCACCAUCAUGGAUGAGACAGAUGAGCGUAGUAUCAUCUGCAAACUUCAGGAGUUUAACAGUUGGGUCAUUUGAAGUGCAGUCAUUAGUGUAGAGGGAGAAUGGAAGUGGGGAGAGGACACAUCCCUGUGGCGUGCCAGUGCUGAUUGCCCGAAUGCUGGAGGUGACACCUCCCAGUCUCACCUGUUGUUUCCUGUCUGUCAGGAAGCUGGUGAUCCACUGACAGAUGGAAGGGGGUAUAGUGAGCCUUAGGAGUUUGGAGUGAAGGAUUUCUGGAAUUAUAGUAUUAAAAGCCGAACUAAAUGUUCUAAUUGUUGAUUAGAGAGUUAGUAUUCAAGCCCCUGCACUGCCAAGCUGCUACUGAUGGGGGCUCCUGAGCAAAGCACUUAACCCUAUGUGCUUGAGGGGUGUUGUAUCACUCUGACCCCAAUUUUCUCAGCUGGGAUAUAUAAAGAAAACCUCCACCACGGAGGAAUUCGCUUAUGGACAUGCUGAUGAAUGACCCGUGUGUGGAUACUAUUAUACAGACUUUUGACAUCAGGUGAAAAUACUAGAAUACUCCAAUGGAGACUAAGACAGGCAGUCAAGUCAAUAAAAUCUUGCAAGGCCAUGCCAGCUUAAAUUAUACAACGUAUUUAAAUGCAUCUCUAUCCCUCCACCAUCAUGUGAAUAAUGCAGUGCUGGGGAUCAUUCUGGGCAUGUUGUGUCUCCUGACAAUCAUCAUGAACAUUCUGGUUCUUGUGGCCGUGAGGAAAGAACGUACUUUACAUACCGUGGGAAAUCUUUACAUUGUCAGCCUCUCUUUAGCAGAUCUAAUAGUUGGGUCAACUGUAAUGCCACUAAACCUUGUCUAUCUACUUGAGGAUGAAUGGAAACUUGGUCGUGUGGUGUGUCAGUUCUGGUUGGUGAUGGAUUAUGUCGCUAGCACGGCAUCCAUUUUCAGCUUGUUUAUUCUUUGCUUGGACAGAUAUCAGUCUGUUAGGCACCCGUUAAGGUAUCUGAAAUAUCGAACCCGGGGAAGAGCGACACUGAUGAUUUGUUUUGCUUGGCUUCUGUCAAUAAUGUGGAUUAUUCCCAUUUUGGGAUGGCGGAUGUUUGCAAAUGUUGACCAGAAACCUGAGCUAGAAAACAAGUGCGACACAGACUUUCGUUUUGUCACAUGGUUUAAAGUGCUGACUGCCAUUCUCAACUUCUACAUCCCGUCGUUCCUGAUGCUGUGGUUCUAUUCUCAAAUUUUCAUAGCUGUGCGAGAACAUUACAAGCAAUGGGAGAGCGUCACUAUUGCUAAAGUGGUGGCAGACGAAGACAUUAAUGUGCAAAGCUUAAAAAAUCAGAGGACAUUCAGUAAAAUGGCUGAUGAAGAGAAUCUGGCCUUGCAGACUUAUUCACAAAAGGAGGGUAUAUUGGAUCAAUAUACUUUAGAGCAGCAGUACAACUCAAGGGAUGCUAAUGAAGAGAAUGGCGAAUCCACGGGCGAUAAAAAAUCCAAACAUAGAAAAACAUUUUUUAAGAUUACAAAGCCUAAGAAGAAAACAGUGAGGGAGCCUCGUGAGGUUUCGUCAGUGAACCAGGAGAUAAAUUCAGAAACACCUUCAAAGGAUCCAUCUUUACCUCUGGGCUUUUUGCAACAUGAAGAGAAUGCCGACCUGAAGAAGUUUGUAUCUGUUACUGAUUGUAAUGUAUUAGUGCCGAAUUCAGUUGCUAAUAUUUGUGAGAUAACAACCAACACUGAUAUUCACAAACACAUCACCAUUCUCUGUAACGAUGAUGCUAAUGCACAAUCGCCUACAUCACAAGGGUCAUGGAUGCACGGCAACGGUCCAGCAAUAGAUGGUAGCAACACUAUGACUUUGAGGCAAACAUGGCAGAAAUUUUGUGAACAGUCUAGGCAGUGUGUCCAAAACAUGCGCGUUCAUAAGGAACGGAAAGCAGUGAGGCAGUUAGGCUUCAUCAUUGGCGCCUUUAUGGUAUGCUGGAUCCCUUAUUUUAUCACUUUUAUGGUCAUGGCGCUGUGCAACACGUGCGUCCAUCAUGACCUCCACAUGUUCACUAUCUGGUUAGGUUACAUCAACUCAACACUGAACCCCUUUAUUUAUCCACUUUGCAAUGACAAUUUCAAAAGAGUAUUUAAAAAGUUCUUUCGUAUCAAGCAGUAAUUUUUGUCUGUAAAGAUUGAACAUGUAGCAGCUGUGUAUGUCUCUGUAAACAUUAUUUUUCCUUUAUAUGUGCAACUGUAUUUUUAAAGGUUGUACACUCUGGACUAUUAUGGUAUUAAAGGCCUUUGUUGAUUGUCUUAUAUCUUUGGUGCUAACCAGUGUCAUUGUAUGCUUGUAAUCUGCAUCAGAUUAAGGCAUCAGUACAAAUACUGAUGAUAAAUGUUUAAUAAAUUCUCUGUGAGUUUU